CAGAGGACUGGUAAUAUAAGUAAGCGUCAUGAAAUGCCCCUUUCGAAUAUUUUGGUUGUUGAUCUCUUUGAUGUUUGGGGAAUUGAUUUCAUGGGGCCUUUUCCUACAUCCUUUGGUUUUAAUUACAUUCUUGUGGCUGUUGAUUAUGUGUCAAAAUGGGUUGAAGCUGUAGCCACUAGGACAAAUGACAGUAAGGUUGUUUUGAAAUUCUUAAAAGAUAUUUUUGCCAAGUUUGGGACACCCAGAGCUAUUAUUAGCGAUGAAGGUACCCACUUCUGUAAUAAACUUUUUGCAGGUCUUCUAAAAAAAUAUGGCAUUACUCAUAAAGUGGCUACUCCGUACCAUCCACAAACCUCUGGCCAAGUCGAGGUGAGUAACAGACAAAUCAAGGGAAUUUUGGAAAAAACAGUGAAUCCUUCUCGGAAGGAUUGGGCCAUUAAGCUGAAUGAUGCCUUGUGGGCUUAUAGGACAGCCUACAAAACCCCAAUUGGUAUGAGCCCGUACAGGUAAGUUAAAAUCUAGAUGGACAGGGCCUUUUGUGGUACGUGAGGUGUUUUCUCAUGGUGCAUGUGAGAUUGAAAAUCCAGAAACAGGUGAAAAAUUUAAGGUAAAUGGGCAAAGACUAAAGCAGUACCUUGAGGGUGAACCCUCCGCCCUGAUUG